AAAUUGAAUUAUUAAAAAUUGAACUUGAAAAAUCAACAGAAUUACUUGAAAAUGAACGAAUAUUAAUGGAAAAUGAACGAAUCAAACAAAAUAAUAUUCAAGAACAGUUAGAAGCUUCAUUAAAUGAAAAAACACUUGAUUUUGAAGAAAUGAAACGUCGUUUAGUGAAAGCUAUUCGUGAAAAAGCAGAUUUAUUUAAUUCAUUACAUUCAUAUGAAAUGAAACUUGAAGAAGAACAAUCAAGAAAAUGGGUACCAGAUGAAGAUGUUCUUAAUUGUACGAAAUGUAAUACAGUAUUUGGAUGGACUGUGAGAAAACAUCAUUGUCGACGUUGUCAAAAAAUAUUUUGUCAUAAUUGUUCAAAUAAUUGGAUACAAGGUUCAAAAAUAAAUUCUCCACAGUAUCGUAUAUGUGAUUAUUGUAAUGAAAAAUUAUUAAAAGAAUCUCUUACGCCUAAUGAUAUAAUAAAUAUUGAUAUAAUAAAUAAUCGUGAAACAAAAGAUGAUAUCGAUCUUCAAUUUGAAGUACGAGCAGAACGUUUACCAUCAACAACAGAUAUCCAGCCAACAUCUUAG